AUGGGCGCCCAGCCAGAAACUCAGACGUCUGCCGAUCUUAAGAAAGAACAAGAACUCCAAUAUACCAGUCCUGCAAAUGAAGAUCAGGCGGACCUUGACCUGGCGAGCCUACCAGCAGACAACCCUCCACCAUACAGCCCUCCAUCAUAUGAACUUGCAGUCCAAGACCACCCCGGUCUCAGUAUCCGAGAUGAGAAGAAUCCAUCAGGCUUCACCCGCAAUUCACUCGACGAGACAGGAGAGCCGAGCUGGCGUAUAGAGACCCCAGCCCUGCCUCGACGCCUAAGAGAUGCCACCGACAUCCUCUCCAAACCCAUUGCCCUCCCCACCGUCCGAUCUGCCCAGGGCUCCCCCUAUAUCCGCGCCUACCCUUUGGAGCUCGCCAACGUCGGCAUCACGCGCGAGACCUUCCUCAGCUUCCUCGACCACGUCAACCGCGCCGUCGCCGACAACCCGCCCCUCCUCGCCGUCGGCGUCGUCGGCGGCGUGGUCGGCCUGGUCCCCGAGCCCACGGCCCAGCUGGCGGGGAGCGUCAUCGAGCUCGCGGCCGAUGUUGGUAACGUCGCGCUCGCCGAGGGCCGCACGGAGCUGGUCCUCCGCAAGGCGAACAUCGACAUCUUCCACCCCGUGGGGCUGCAGGUCCGCGUCGCCAAGCUCGAGGCCGUGGCCAAGAUCGCGGGGAUGCCCUUCCUGGACGCCGAGAGCGGGAAGCUGACUUCGGGACUGAGGGUGCUGGCGCCGCUGGACGACGAGAUGGAGCUGAACACGUUGGGGGUGCAGCGGCGGAGGCUGCGGGACCUGGAGGAGUGGCUCUCGCCGCUGGAUCUGGAGGAGCUGCCCGGGGUGGAGAUGCCGAGCUCCGUGAUGGGGAAGAUGCAGGUCAAGAUGAGUGAGUUUCAGCGCAAGAUGGAGGAGGAGGAGUUGAUGAAGACGCGCAAGAAGUCGCUAGGGAAGUAUACGGAGGCGAAGCAAAAAUCACAAGAGAAGUACGAGAGGAAAAUUAGAGAGUUGGACCGGAGGGUUGAGAAGGUAGGGCAGAGGGUCGGAAAGGAUGGGAAGAAACAAAGCACGGAGGAGAUGGUAUGGGAAGAGAACGAUAAAGAUGAGGCAAUGAAGCAACAAGAUUCAAGCAAAGACGAAGAGAAUGAUUUCAACCAUCAGGCUGGAGAGAUCUCGAGAGGCAGCUCUAAUACCCAAGCCAGUAUGGACAGAUCGACAACGGAAGACAGUACCACAGAGAAGUGCGCAAAACAGGAAGAAAAGGAAAGAAAGAAGCAGGAGAAGAGGGCGGAGAAGGAAGAAAGACGGGCGGAAAAAGAAGAGAAGAAGGCUGAGGAGAGGAAAAAGAAGGAGGUAGAGCGAGCCGAGAGGGAGAAUAGAAGGCGAGAGGAGAAGGGGAAGGAAAUAGAAAAGAAGGCCAAGAGGGCAGAGGAGAAGAUGGAAAGGGCGCUGACCAGGGCGGAAGAGAAGCGCGUGGCCCUCCGGGAAGAUCACGAGAAGGAAAUCAGGAAGAAGAGUGAGGAGUACGAGAAGAAGGACAAGGAGCAGAGGGCAAUUAAGAAGAUCAACUGGUUGAUCAUCACGGAGCGGAACAGGAUGGAGCGGAGUUUAGUGACCGCUCUGAGCCCAGGACGAACAGAUCCGUAG